AAUUUAUUAAGUAUAAAUAUUGUGGUGGUCACUAAAUAAAUGAAAGUUUAGGAAAUUCAACAUGUGUUUAAGAACAUCCUCAAUAUUGAUUGUCUAUAUUCAAUCAUUCAGAUCCACAAGUUUAAAUUCAAAUUAAUAUCUAUAAACUUGAGCUUUAAUUUUAAUUCAAUUUUAUAAACCACAGAUAAACUAUCAUUACAACAAGAACUAAUUGCAUUUACGUGUUAAUUUUUAUAUUUUGAAAUGCAAUAUUUUUUUCUCGGUAUCACACUCGUCAUUUUAUUUACAAUUAUAUAAAGCACUAUCCCUUUUACCGCAUUAUUUGCACUUAACACAAUAUAUUAUUAACUUCUCUUUGCAUUAAUUCAAGGUAAGAAAAAAAAAUUAUGCAAUUAAGUAGUAUAUUUCCUACAAGAAAUAUUCUUAUUCAAUUCUUGUAAGAAAUUCAUGAGUGUAUGUUCUUUCGUUUUCAUGUAGAAAAAUGAUAUUCGAAAUAUGUGUUACAAUUUUGGUUGGGCUAUGGAUAUACUACAAUAUCCUAGAACAGAAACACAGAGAAAAAUACAAAAAAUUUUACGCACUUCCAACGCCGAAAACGCUGCCUCUUAUCGGAAACAUCCAUUAUGGAUUCAACGAAGACAAUUUAUUAGGAAUUAUACAAUCUUUAGUGAAAGAUGGUGGAAAUCCCUGUGUUCUUUAUCUGCCCAAACGUAAUUAUUUAACAUCCAAUCCUGAAGAAUUGAAAAUAAUUUUGAAUCAUCCGAACGCUCUCGACAAAAGUUUUAUUUAUGAUACUUUAAGAGAAGUGUUCCAAAGUAGUCUACUGAUGACUGAUGUUACACAGUGGAAAAAGAACAGGAAGAUGAUUUCCAAAGGUUUCAAUCAAGUAAUAUUGGAUUCCUUUGUCGAUGUUUUUUAUGAAAAGAGCUGCAUUUUAAUUGACAUUUUACGAAAAUUUAAUAUUGAUGGAGACAAUAUGUUUCAUUUGUUUGAAAGAUAUACUUUGGAAACUUUUUGCGAAGCCACAUUGGGAGUUGAAAGUUCUCUAUUGACGGAUAACGAUACUACAUUUGUUAAAGCUAUUACAGAGGGUCAGCGUAUGACAAUGGCUAGGUUAAUGAGUCUUAUCCAAAGGAAUGACUUUAUUUUUAAACAUUUUUAUAAAAAGGGAAAAAUACUGAUUGAAAUUAAAAAUUACGUAAUGGAUUUUGUUCAAAAUAUCAUUGAUAAGAAACGAAUUGCUAUGGGCGAAGAUAACUACAUAUUUAACAAAAAUAAGCUACCAGUUCUCGAUCUAUUACUUGAGAACUACGAAAAGAAAAACCUGACUGACCAGUACAUCAAGGAAGAAAUGACUCUAUUUGCUGGUGCAGCUACAGAUACUACAGCCUAUUCAAUGGCUUACACAUGUUGUUUAUUGGCAAUGCAUCCUGAAGUACAAGAAAAGGUUUACAAAGAAGCCAUGGAUAUUGUCGGACAAGAUAGAAUCAUUGAUUGCAAUGAUUUGAUUGCAUUAAAAUACACAGAAAUGGCGAUAAAUGAAGCAUUACGACUUCUGCCUGUAGUUCCUAUUAUUGGACGACAAGCAACUGCAGAUAUAAAUUUGGGUGAAAUGACUAUUCCAAAAAAUACGGGAAUAUUUAUAUACAUUUUUGCUUUACACAGAGACCCCAAAAUUUAUUCAAAUCCCUUGAAAUACGAUCCAAACAGAUUUUCGCCAGAAGAAAUUGCAAAGAGACCGCAGUACAGUUUCAUACCGUUCUCUGGCGGACCAAGAAAUUGUAUCGGCUGGAAAUACGCAAUGAUGAUUAUGAAAAUGACAAUAGCAAAUAUUGUAAGAAAUUUUAAGAUUACUACAAAACACAAAUCAGUGGAAGAAUUCGAAUUCGAGUCCAGCAUUGUAAUGAAUAUGAAGUAUCCAAUGGAUUGUCAUUUUCAUCCAAGAUGAUGAAUUACAUAAGAAAUAUAAUAAAUAUGGAUAUUA